AAGCACUCCUGCCAUCCCAUUGAUGAUGUCGAGCAUGGGGACGACCUUUGCCCCGAUCACCACUAUAGGAUCGAUUGGCAUGAUCCCAAUCAUGUCAACCCCUACUCCUACGCCGACGAAAACAAUGUUCCCAGGCUCGAUAACAACGCAUGGUGGAGCAUUCACACCAUACCCGUCAGCUUGGGCUCAGUUUGCUGCUGACCCGGCAAAUGCUCAGGCUCUACAGGGCUAUCAACAGGUGAUGGCCAUGAUGCAACAGGCAGGAGGCUUCCUGCCAUUUGCCUAUCCUGGCAUGACGCCACCAAUCAUGCCACCACCGGUGUCGACCCCGUCGACAUUUGUCCCUAGGAUGGUCCCUAUACGCCCGGUGAAUCUGACGGGGACCAUGAAUGAAGCAGCGCCCUCAAAUGUCCAUGAAAUCGAUGAGGCGGAGCAGGAGGCGGCCCGCAGGAGGAAGGGUAAGGCUAUAGCCAAACCCAUCAAGACUCGAGAUUCGGCGUUCAAACGCCUAGGGGACAAAGAGGAUGGACCCCGCAAGUCUGCCAAGCUACGUCUUGGUCCUGAGAUGGGCCGGACUAGCGCAAUGGAAAGACUAGGCGGGAGUCGUCACGCCCAAUCCCGUCGUUCUAGGGAAUCUGAGACGAUUCACCAGGACGAGGAGGAAGCAGAAAGCCAGCCCAGGCCGUCGGCAUAUACCAGGCUCUCAUACGAUGAGGAUGACCUGGACAAGAUAGGGAGCGUAGCAAGGAAACUACGUGCCCUGGAGGAAAAGGUGGAAGAGAAGGCGGGAGCAAAGAAGCACACCCUGGCCAAAUCACCUUUUUUGACCAGGGUACAUGCACAAAAGUUGAGGCGGAAGAUCAAGCUGGACGUGGAGAAAUUCACAGGAAAAGAGGAUCCAAACGUCCACCUUGACACCUUCCACAAUGCAGCACAGAUGGCCGGGUGCACUGAUGCUGAGGAAUGCCUACUCUUCUUCUCAUCCUUGAGAGGGAGGCCAGUGGAAUGGUUUAACGGCCUUCCCCAUGGCAGGAUUGGGUCCUUUGAGAAACUUGCCGAAGUUUUCCGCAAGAAGUACCAGGACAACUGCAUCAAGAGGAAGAAGUUCACCUACCUUAACACGGUAGGGCAGAAGAAGGAGUCCUUGACUCAAUUCUUGACCCGCUGGAGGGACGAGGUUGACAAGGUAGAAGAGAUGGAUGAUAAGACGGCCAUGUCUUUACUGAUGAAUGCCUUCCGGUCGGGUGACCUCUACACUGAAUUCGGUAGAAGGCCACCAUCCUCUUAUCAGGAAGCCUACAAUACGGCAUGGGAAUACGCCGAGGCGGAGGUCCUGAACAAGAGCAAGCGGGAGCUAGAGGAAGGCUAUACAAAGGUGAAAUCCGACAAGUCAAGGAAGGACGACCAGACGAGAGGAUCCAAACUAAAGGCUACGUAUGACGGGUCUGUCCAUCAAAUAAGGGAUGAUAAGAAGGGAGAGCAGUCCAAGAGGCCAUGGACGGAGAAGUGGUGUACCUACCACCAAUCUGACUCCCACAAUACGGCGGAUUGUCGGAAUGUCAAGGCUGUGCUCAAAGAGAUGGCCUUGAAAGGAGAGCUUGGGGAAGGUUACGCGACGGGGAAUAAGAAGGACCCGAAAGCGAACACCUGGACCCGUCCUCGGGGAAAAGACCAGGGAAGGAAAAAAUCCGGGAAGGAUAACAACAAUCCGGAUAAAGAAUUCAUUGAGAUGAUUGUCGGUGGCCCGGAAGGCGGGGAUUGUUAGGCUUUUUUUUAGUCUUUAAAUUCCCUUACAUUUACUAAUCUUUGGGUCACCAUUAGUGAGAAUUUGGUUUAAUUUAAGAUCAAGAAAGAACGGUUACCAUC